UUCUUUAUAUCAUCCAUUACUGACCCAUGCAAACAACGAUAUCAAUGUUUGUAUAGUGAAUACAAUUGAACAUCCAUUGAUUCAUCCAGUCCAGGCCCGACAUGGCCCCAGUGCAUAAAGUGGCCGUGAUACAAUGGCAUAUCAAAAACCUCGAUCCCGAAUACAACCACGCGCGCGCAAUCUCAUACAUCACCGCCGCCGCUGCUGAUGGAGCCACUCUCGCCGUUCUCCCCGAAUACCACCUGUGCGGCUGGGCCCCUGAAUCCCCGCUCUUCGCCUCUCUCGCAGCACAGUACCAGACCUAUCUAGACUCCUACUGCGCGCUCGCCAAAAAGCUCCACAUCAACAUCGUCCCCGGCACAAUCAUUGAAGCUCACAAACCCCAAUCCACAACCACGUCCUCCAUUGACUCGGGAAACGAUAUCCUUUACAACACAGCAUACUUCAUAUCCUCCACCGGCCAAAUCCUCGGCCAGUAUAGGAAGAAAAACAUCUGGCAUCCGGAGCGGCCGCACCUCACUUCCAGCGGCACUGAUCCACAUGAAGUCAUUCAGACUGAUUUGGGCAAGGUUGGCAUGUUGAUUUGUUGGGAUUUGGCCUUUCCAGAGGCCUUUCGGGAGUUGAUUGCCAAGGGAGCUGAGAUUGUUAUUAUUCCGACAUAUUGGGGUCGACUUGAUGCAUCGCCCGCAGGGUUGAAAUUAAAUCCUGAAAGUGAACGGCUCUUCCUCGACUCGACGCUGACAUCGCGUUGUUUCGAGAAUACGUGUGCUAUUAUAUUCGCAAACGCGGCGGGGCCGAGUGAUACGUUUCUUGGCAUGUCCAGAGUGGUAUUGCCGUUCAUUGGGCCGGUGAGAACAAUGGGGUCUGAAGAAGGGUAUGCAGUUGCAGAGUUAGACAUGUCUGUGUUGGAUGUGGCGGAGGAUAACUACAAGGUUCGACAAGACAUCAAGUCUGAGGGAUGGUAUUAUACUUAUAGACAUGAAACCCAAAACACGGACAGAAAUCAAAAUCCGGAUAGAAGACCAGUGGAUAGGUAGGUAGGGUAGCAUGAUAAUGAAAUUGGUA